AAUAAUUAUCAAAUCUCAAUGCCGCGAACAGUCGAGUACCAAAUGCACUGAUACAGUCUUAACUUUAAAGUUUAAAUCAUAAUUCAUAGUAUCGACUAUUGACACUUUUUUAAUAUAUAUUAAUAUAUUAUGUACCCAUUAUUAUUAAUAGUUAUAAAAACCGUUUAACGUUAUUUUUAUUCUUUAACUAUUGACAAUCAAAUUGUUUUUAAUUAACUUUUAAUGACGUAAUUUCCUGAAAAAUAUAGUUGAUAAACUAAAUUACCUACUAAUUUUUUAGAUAGUACUUUUGUUCCGUAGUACAUCUUAAGAAUUUGUUACAUUUUAAAAUUGAAAUGUCUGUUACGCUACACACUGAUCUUGGUGAUAUAAAAAUAGAAGUAUUUUGUGAAGAAUGUCCUAAAACAGCCGAGAAUUUUUUGGCGUUAUGUGCUAGCGAUUAUUACAAUGGCACCUUGUUCCACCGUAACAUUAAAGGUUUUAUUGUACAGACUGGUGAUCCUACACAUACAGGCAAAGGUGGUCAAUCAAUUUGGGGUAGAAAAUUUGAAGAUGAGUUCAAAGAAAAUUUAAAGCAUAAAGAAAGAGGAGUAGUUUCAAUGGCUAAUAAUGGACCAAAUACGAAUGCCAGUCAAUUUUUUAUUACAUAUGCAGCGCAGCCAAAUUUAGAUUUAAAAUACACAAUAUUUGGAAGAGUUAUCGAUGGAUUUGAAGCAAUUGAUGAGAUCGAAAAACUACCAGUUAACACAAAAAAUUUCAAACCUUUGUCUGAUGUAAGGAUACAAUAUGUAACAAUACAUGCAAAUCCAUUGGCUACAUAAAUAUAAUUUUAGUAUUUUUUUUAAAUUAAUUUGGUAUGAUUUAUAAAUAAAACAAUUAACAUUUUUUUUUUU